AUGAAGCAAGACAGUGGAACUGCAGUUUCUGCAAGUGUAGACAACCGAGUGAGCCUUAGGCAUACUACAGGGUGUUUGUUUGAUGGGAGAUGUGCGGCGAAGGCGUUGUUGGUUACACUGAUUAUCGUGGGUGGAGCAUUUGCUACAGGUUUGUUGUUUACAUACGUGCAGCCCUUGGAGGGGCUCCCCUACAUUGAAAACCGAGCCGAGCCUUCCAUAGUGCGAAAAUUGCGCCCGGUUAUGGAGAAGCCUAGGACGAAAGACUGCAGAGACACAAUGGCCAUGGAAUUGGAAGCUCCAGAAGACCUUACAUUGGGUUCGGCUGUUCAGGUACUUGCUAGUAAAGGGGCGGGCGGCAGACCUAAACACAGGAACACUCAUAGAUAA